AUGAUGAAAAUGGAGACUGAUAAAGUUAUUGAAGAUUCAAAGACGCAGUUUACGUCCACAACACUGUAUGAUCCAACUCGUAAAAAAGAACCGUCGACUCAAUACCAAAAAGAGCAUGAGAAGUGUUUGGGAAUGUUUACUAACUGGAAUGAUGACGAACAGGUUGAUUAUGUUGAGAAAUUGUUGUCACGGAUGUGUCAUUAUCAGCACGGUCACAUAAAUGCUUUCUUAAAACCCAUGCUUCAGAGAGAUUUCAUCUCAUUGUUACCGAAAAAAGGACUCGAUCAUGUUGCUGAUAAUAUUCUGUCGUAUCUCGAUGCUGAAUCGCUUUUUGCUGCCGAGCUUGUGUCAAAAGAAUGGAAUCGAGUAAUUUCUGAGGGUAUGUUAUGGAAAAAGUUAAUUGAACGAAAAGUCAGAAGUGACUCAUUAUGGCGUGGACUAGCUGAAAGAAAGAAAUGGAUCAAAUAUUUAUUUGUACCAAGACAAGGAGAAUAUCGAAAUCAUUCGUUCUAUAGACAACUAUAUCCAGUGAUAAUGAAGGAUAUUGAGACAAUUGAGAACAACUGGCGCUCUGGAAAUCACAAUUUGCAAAGAAUUAACUGCAGAUCCGAAAACUCAAAGGGCGUCUAUUGCCUUCAGUACGAUGACAACAAAAUUGUUUCAGGCUUACGCGAUAACACGAUUAAAAUUUGGAAUAGAAGUACCCUACAGUGUGAAAAGAUAUUAACAGGUCAUACGGGUUCAGUUUUAUGCUUACAAUAUGAUGACAAAGUUAUAAUUAGUGGCUCGAGUGAUUCGACAGUUCGCGUUUGGGAUGUUAAAACGGGAGAGAUGACAAAUACUCUUAUACAUCAUUGUGAAGCUGUUUUGCAUUUACGAUUCAAUAACGGAAUGAUGGUUACAUGUUCGAAGGACCGAUCAAUAGCUGUUUGGGAUAUGACAUCUCCGAAAGAAAUUACAUUACGUAGAGUUCUCGUUGGACAUCGAGCAGCUGUCAACGUAGUGGACUUUGAUGAGAAAUAUAUAGUUUCAGCAUCUGGUGACCGAACAAUUAAAGUUUGGAGUACAUCAUCAUGUGAGUUUAUUCGCACACUAAAUGGACAUAAACGUGGAAUUGCAUGUUUACAAUACCGAGAUCGCUUAGUAGUAAGUGGCAGCUCAGAUAACUCGAUUCGUUUAUGGGACAUUGAAUGUGGUGCAUGUCUUCGAGUAUUGGAAGGACAUGAGGAAUUAGUUCGAUGUAUACGCUUCGAUUCAAAGAGGAUCGUAAGUGGAGCAUAUGACGGAAAAAUCAAAGUCUGGGACUUGGUUGCUGCUUUAGAUCCGCGCGCUCAGCCUAAUUCAUUAUGCAUUAAAACUUUAAAUCUAUGUUGUGUUUUACAGGAACACACAGGACGAGUUUUUAGAUUACAAUUCGAUGAAUUCCAAAUUGUCAGUAGUUCGCAUGACGACACUAUCCUGAUUUGGGACUUUUUAAACUAUUCACAAGAUAAUCCGGAAUCACCAUCAAGUCGGAAUUUGAAUAAUUCAUUAACAAUGAACGGAAAUUCUGAAAGUGGAAGGAGCCCAUCCCGUAAGUUAAAAACACAAUACUCAAAGAAUCUCCAAAAUACUAAUUUUGUAUUUUUCUUCCUUUAUUUAUCUUUUCAGCAAUGGAAUAAAUGUGAUGCUAUUAUUUUUUAUGAUAAAUAUAUUUCUUAUGAUUCUUCUGUUUUGAAUCAAAAUAAAAUUAUUAUAAUAAUAGAUUCAUUUUUUUCUCUUAAAAGCUAUCGAAUUUUUUGA